GUUCUGCGCGUGUAUGUUUUGUUCGUUUACUCGAUCAGAACCGGCAAAAUGGACGAUAUAGCACUUCCAGCAUCUGAUCACGUUUUAGAAGUGAUUUUUUCUUAUUUAGAUUUGCACACAUUGAGAAAUUGUUCCUUAGUGUGCAAACGAUGGAAUCAAUUUUUAAAUGAUGAGAACAAUGACGCGUGGAGAAUGCACUGUCUCAGAAAAUUAGCCCAAGAAGCGCUUAGUUCCGACUUGUUGUCAUCAGUGCCUACUUACAAAUCGAAACUUCGUGCAUUUUAUCACGCAUGGAAUCCUAAUGACUGUUCUCGUAACAUUUACAUUAAAGACAAUGGAUUCACCCUCCACAGAAACCCAGUUGCUCAAAGUACAGAUGCCUGUAGAGGUAAUGGUUUCCGGCAUGGUCGUCAUGCCUGGGAAGUUAUUUGGGAAGGACCUUUGGGUACAGUAGCUGUUAUAGGCAUAGCUACAAGAGAAGCACCUUUAUUAUGUCAUGGCUAUGUAGCAUUAAUGGGUUCUGAUGAACAUUCAUGGGGUUGGAAUCUAGUAGAUAAUCAUUUGUUACACAAUGGAAAUGUACAAGGAAAUUAUCCUUUACUUAAUAAUGCUCCAAAAUAUCAGGUUGGGGAAAGAAUUAGGGUAAUAUUAGAUUGUGAUGAUAAUACAUUAUCUUUUGAGAAAAAUUAUGAAUUUUUGGGAGUGGCAUUUAGAGGGUUGCCAGACAAAAGAUUAUACCCUUCUGUGUCUGCUGUAUAUGGAAAUACAGAGGUAUCUAUGGUAUAUUUAGGACCACCUUUAGAUGGCUAACACUAUACUUCAUGUAGAAACUUAUCCUCAGAGGCUUAUUCAAGGCUGCAUGAUGAAAUCUCUGUCUAGAGAAUAGUGCAUCAUACUAAAAUGUCUACUAUAAAGUAGAAUUAGCACACUAAUGAACUGCUGUAUGAUACUCUUAAUGAAGGAUUGUGUGCCUGUCAUUCAGUCAAUAACAUUGUAAAUAGUAUUAGCAUCUGAUUUCAACUCAUAAAUCUAUCACCGAGCUUUAUAAUAGUAAUGAGUUACUCAACAAUUAACGUUUAUAAAUUUCACUUACAAUCAUACAUUUGUUAAUAGUUAAUGUUGAGAAGGUCCAUACAUUGAAUAAUGCAACUUUUCAUUUCAAUUUCAUGAUGGAAAGUAUCUUUAUACGAAAGGUUGAGUGGUAUAUUACCGAAUUUAAGGUCAAUCUACAAAGAGUUGAAUUAUACGAUUUUUAACAGAAAAAUUCCGUUGCAAAAUGAUUGUGUAUGAUAGCUAAAAAAAUCCGAGUCGAAUUAUUGUUAUUUUAAAGCCUUUCAAAGUCAUAAAGCUGUAGUUUAAGUUGAUACAAAUGUACAUAAAAGAAAGGAUUUUAUGAUUCUUUUACUCUUCCAUACAGUAUUGGUAUUCAAGUCCUUGUAUAAAUACAUGCUUUAUACGUAUAAAUCAACUAUCACAUGCCAAAGAAAUGGCAAUUCUUAUAAUAGUAUAUAGUUUAUUUUCACUGCUAUUAACUAUUGUACUAAUUUUGUGGUAACUUAGAAAGAACUGUGAUUCAUUUGUAUUUUGUUAGUGUACUUAUUUUUUUCUAUGGUAUCUGUGUAGAUGUUUUACUUAUUUAUAUUUUAUCGUGGCUGUCGAGAAGUAACAGAUAUUUUGCCGGGAAAAGAGAUACGAAACACCUCUUUUUUUUCUUUUACAAGAGUUAAUUACGCUUAGUGUUUUAAUUUAUUCUAGAUGCUUAUAUAAAUUUUUAAUCGAUAUACAUAUAUUUUCCAAUGUUAAGAACUGAUACAUGUGUGUAUAUAUAUAUAUAUAUAUAUUUUUUCUUUUUAAUACCAAUAGAGCUCAAGUAGCGGAAUCUUCGAAUAAAUCGAGAAUAAUUUAUAAAAUAGUAUACAGGGUGUUCCACUUAAAGUGUUCAUAGCUGCUUUAUUUCUUAAAUGUACAAAGCAAUCUGUAAAAUAUUGUGUGGGAGGAAGUCUAAUCAAUUUAUACGAUCUUUAUUAUUUCCCUUUUUUCUUUUACUAGAUGAAACUAAUUCGACUUAUAUUAUUUUCAAAGCAUAUUAAAAGGAGAAAAAGUAGUUCAGUACAGUCCAAGUACCUGUGAAAUUCAUCUACACAAUAUCAAGAAUGAGUAUCGUUUUUCCGUUGUGCGGUAAUAUGUGUGAUACAGCUUUGUGUAUGAAAGUUUGUUUAAUCAAAGAAUUAAGUAUUUCACCACUAUUGUGAUGAAUGCACAAUACGUCAUAUUUAACGCAGAUCAUUUUUCUGAUUCGCUUAUCACAUUUAGAGUAAGGAAAUGUUGUAUUGAUUACACGUGAAAAUUGUACAUCGUGCUCUAUGAGAUAUAUUUAUAAAAUAGUAAUAUUAUCAGUGUAACGAUUGACACUGUAACUUAUUCAUCAGGCUACGUUAUGUAUAGCCUGCGAUAAAUCAGUAUUCCUAAACUUUUGUACAGAAUCGUGUACAUAAUGAUCAUGAAUGUACAAGGAGAGAAUCGCCCUUGUUUCCAAUGGUUUCAUCAGCAUAAGUAGAUAAUUACGAGUCAUGGACUGAUUUAGAAUUUAUACCUUUCUCGAAUGAUGAUAAAACUAAUCACAUGGAAGAGAAAAAAACGUUAUAUAAGUUAUAUGUGGAAUAUAAAUUACCAAGAUUACACGUGGAGUAUAGUGGUGCCUUAUAACGAUUCUUUCGGUGUAAUCUCUAUGUGGCUACGCGAUACACAAUAGUAAUUUAAGCAUUACGAUCAAUCCAUUAAAUGUAGAUGUACAUGUUAACAAUUCGAACCACAAGUAAAUACAUGUCGUUUUGUAAAUACGCAUAAUUAUCAUGUAAUCUCCUGGGAAACCAUUCUGUACAAAUGUUUAAGAGAAAAAAGUAAAUUUAAUCAUGAUACGAUCCAGCUUGGAACACCGGUAUACUUGCAGAUGUAUCAGGAGUACGAAAGUUUUAAGAAAAAGAAAUGUACAUCGCUCUGUAAAUAAAUUAUUUUAUUUUAA